UAGGAAAAAAAGUUAAACAACAAAGCGAACAGAUGAUUUGCAGACAAAAACUUCCAAUAAUUAAAGUUUUUUGGUGAAAAAACAGUCGAAACAUUUCAAUAAUCGUGCAUAGCAGUGGCUCCACACUACCACGAUCUGGACUAAACCUUUAGAGUCACGGUGGCAGUGUCACUGUAUCGGAGCCGUGUUACAUCGGCUGUGGGCCUAUUAAAAAAUAAAACAUAAUUGCAAGGAUGUUAUAGCAAGGAUCGAGAAUUUUUGAACUUAGGUUCCAGAAGGUGCCAUACUCAAGCAGGUGUGGGCUUCAGGAUAGGCUUUAGCUGCCAAGCGAGGGAAGCUGGACAGAGCGAUGCAGCAGACCAACCCAGAGCAACGGAAAAGCAAUAACUAGCAACGUAAUCAAGUAGAGGUCGUUAUCUUCCAGGAAAGCCAGGUCCCAAUCAUGUUCUCUUACGACCCCGACGACACCGAUGAGCUGGACACCAUCGCCGAUGUAAUGGGUCUGCGGUCGCAGGCACGGCUGAACACCUUCCGCGAGAUGUGGUACCAUGUGUUCCUGUGGGCCCUCUUCUCGUCGAUCUUCAUUCACACCUGCGCCGCCGUGGUGGCCUUCUUCACUCUGCGUAAGCACAAGUUCGGCCGCUUCUUUUCGAUUCUCAUCCUGGUAAUGGGCUUCCUGUCGCCGGCGUCGAGCGGCAUCAUCAGCAGCGCGGUAAUCUCGUUCGUCCAUCGCGCCUCCAGCCUGCCCAUGUCGCCCAUCUAUGCGAUGGUCUGGGGCCUUGGCCAAACUAUCGUCUCGGCCUGCCUUGGCUUCACCCGCAUCCUGGCCACGCUAUAGAAGCCACGUCGUGGCCGCAUUUCACAAUCCACUACCAAUCAUCUUUUAGAAUCCAAGAACCUGCAAUGCCAUCUAUCCUUCAUGUGUGCAUGGGAAGGGAAACAAUUAUUUCAAUCCAUAGCUAAGUUUAUAAGGAUAAUGUGAUUUUUAAAAAUACCUAUACUACGACAAAAAUUCUAAAUAUAAUUGUACAAAUGUACACCUAGGAGCCAAA